AUGGGUCCAAUUGACACCUUGUCACCAACUGAUACGCAGAAUCGCAACGGGGAAGAGAUCAUCCAGUACUUCGCCGAUGCUUUCACCAACGCCACCAGCCAUGACCUAGACAUCGGCACAGCACGUGAUAUCGUAGACGACUCUCAGGCUACGAUGCCCCUCGCUGAUGCGGGAUUUGGACACGCCUCGUGGUGGCUUGACGCAUCUCCUGCACCGUACGAUUCACUCAAUGGCGCAGCAACGACGCCAAGUUGGACUGAUGGCGCAGAGCCGUACCCCGAAGGGCCCUACUGGGGUACAGCUCACCCAAACCAGGAUACCAUUGAUGGCUAUGCUCCUCUCGACGAUUACGCAUUCUUUGUUGGUCCCACGUCUGCCCAGCUAUUCCCCGGGUACAUUCUUUCAUCCUCCCCGGUCCCCGGCAUCGGUUCAUGUCACGUUCUUCAGCAGCACGACAGCCAAGACAGUGAUACCCCUACUCGAACCUUGACGCCACUCAGCACUUCUAGACCCGCACUCCCCUUUCUCUCGCCGACACUGUGGCCCGCAAUACCCCUCUCCGCGCCCCAGUCCCCAAACGCAAGUGCCUCUCAAAGCAAUCUCGAGCUGUACACGCAAGUGGCAAAGCAGUCAGGCGAAAUAUGCAGUGAAGAUGUCCUGCGGGAGGCCGUGAUGACCACUGAGAUACCGCACUGUGUGAGGCUUCCUGAUCUCGAGAUACACAGGUGCGCUUCGGCGUCAAGAUCUCCUACUCCUCUCCAGCAAGCAUCUCAACCUUCAGACACAGAGGACUCGCCAGCAUCUUUCAGAAUCACCAUGGGCACUGAUCCUGAACGCGACUUUUCUCCUGCGAGCUGUACAUCUGAAUCCGCGCGCAAAGGCUACCCAACUUCGGGACGAUCACCCCACAUCUUGUGGCUUCCUGCUCGAUCAAAACCUCGUCAUGGGUACUUUGCACGGGGCGAGAACAGACACAGACAGAGCGAUAAGCAAAAGAGGAGCAAACAGGCAGCUGAUAAUCAAAAGUUGAAGACCGCCAAAGACUGUAUGCGUGCGUUUUACGAACAACUUGGCCCGCUCAGCGAUAGCGGCCGGCUGAUACUUCGCCCAUACUCUGAGGACGAGGAGCGGACGAAUCCGUACAGGGCCCAUGAAGGUGUCACGGCGAGUCUUGUGGAGGUCGAGAGAGACAACUCCACGCAUCAACAACAUGCCACCAGCUUCCAGAGCUUGGAAUGUAUGCCCCGAAAAGACGAUGCCCGGAAGCAGGCGUGGGAGUUCUGCACGAACCUUUCUACGCAGCUCGGGUCUGGAUGCGCAUUUGUGUCGUGCGAUUCGAGAGGCCAUCUGAAGAUCGACAUUGAGGAGCACCUUGGCAAGUCGAGUUCAAAUUGA